AUGGUAGUGGCUGCUGGCGGGGUGGUGGUGAGGAGGCUAAAAAAAAGAAACAGGAGAGUUCCAUACUGUUUCUCUCACUCUCUCUCUGUCCCCCUGUGGCAGGGGACGCUGGUGGCCGGCUGCUUCCACGAUGUGCUGCUGUUGUAUCUCAGGGCCCUGAACGAGACGCUGCAGGAAGGUGGAACCAAGCGGGACACCAGCCGCAUCCUGGAGAAGAUGAGGGGCCUGAAAAUCCAGGGUGUCACUGGGACGGUGAGCCUCAACAGCAACAAUGACCGAGAGAUGGAUUUUGACCUGUGGGCCAUGAAGGAUGUGGAGAGCGGAGAAUUCCAGGUGGUGGCUCAUUACAUGGGAGCAGACAAGCAGAUCAAGUGGCUAGGGCCCAUCCACUGGAAGAAUGGGAGCCCUCCUCUCGACAACCCACCAUGUGUCUUCAACAUGGAUGACCCCUCCUGUGGUAAAGGCUGACACUAAUGAGAGAUAACCUUACCCCUAAGAACCUUUAAACGCAUCCCAAAUGAAUUCUUGUGAAGUGUCACAAUUUGAAUUGAAACCGAAAUAUUGUUAAAUACUGUUGCUUAUGUCUUCACAAAUAUUUUUCUUUGAAAGUAAAAAUUUAUUUAAUUUCCAAGUGGGUCCUUUGCCAUCUGAAGUCUGAGAAAGAAGAUUACAUGUUACCCGUGAAUGAGCAGAGUGUUCUGGACCUUGUGUUUGAUGUUACUAUACUGUGUAAUGCAGACGUUGUUGCCAAAAAGGAAUCUUCAUUGUAUAAAUGUCAUGUAGUAGUAAAUAGGUAAAUUCUUUGACCCUUGGGUUUACAGUAUGCCACAUGUGCCUCAGAUUAAAGUGGUCCAAAAGGGGGGGGGGUCACUGGGGGUUCCUUCCAACUCUAUGAUUCUGUGAUUUUACUGAGUUCAUUAAGGUCUCUCAGUAACGGUUCCAAAAACAAGAGAGAGCACAAAAAUCAACCUGAUUAGAGGAAGACACUUUUUCUACUCCCUAACUGUCCUGUAGUGACUAUGAAAAUGGUGGCCAAAUUUUUGCAUCUGGCUGCCAAGAGGAGAGACUGUAUUAAUAAACGUCAAUGAUUUAUUACUGCUGUUUCCUUGCCUGUCUGUGAUGCUGUUGUAUGCCAUUAAAGGCUGUUGUUGCUGUUGAGUUUA